AUGAGCUCGAAGAAUCACCUGGAGGUCUCAUUCUCCGCUGAUAUCAACCAUGUCGAGAUUGACGAAUCGCAACGGCAAUCUUCGGUCGUUGUUGGCGGCGAGGUCGACAGUGCUGAAAGAGAGGAUCGCGAACCUGCAGAAGGAAACUACUUGGCCUGGGUAGGGAAUCACGAUGACACAGACCACAGUCGUCUCUUGGCCUACACAACUCGUCUUGUUCAGUCAGGAGCCACGGCAACCGAGAUGGCGGACGAUGAAGAAAGUUGCAGCCAUCACGACCGUGACAAUGAGGACAAGGACAACAAUCUGGACCCCUUAAGACGCCACUCAUCACAUCACAUUCUAACGGUGUGGAAGCAAGCCUCUGGGGUAGUUGAUAUAGGUGAAAUGGGAGGAACGACACUACAGGACGAAUCAAAACAAGGAAUCGACAACGAAGAACACGACGAAAGCUGCAGCGGAGACGACGAAGAGUCAUUUGUCAGCAAUUCUCAGUCAGCAGACUCUGUUGAUUCAGCAAUCGAAAUGGAGAAAUCCAUCAUGUUUGGAAUUGCCUUCUGGGUCCUUAUGCAGCAAGCCAUGAAGUAUGCAAGUGUCCUACAUGGCAAAUGCUGCAACUUUUUGAUGAAGUGCAUAAAGAAAUGUUGCAAACGAUUCAAUAAUGAUGAGACAGAGCCCAAGGAUGGAGCUGACCUCAUGGACAAUGGGGCUGAGAACGGCAAUACAAACUCAACUUCAAGAACAACACAGCAGACAGGGACUGCUACUGCAGUGGCAGUCAUGGCUUCCAUGGGAGGAGCAUCAGCAGCAGCUGGAGCAGCCGCAGGAGCCACAACUGCAGCGGCCACAUCAGCCACAGCAGCAGGGGCUUCUGCUGUAGCAGCGUCGGCAACCACAGUAGCGGCAGUGGCUACUGCAGCAGCUAUUACUGCAAGUCUGGUUUCAACAGUAGUUCGCCAGCAGCAGGCCACGGUCCCACGAGUAACAAUCAAUGAGACAUCUCCGUUGGCCAAUCACGCACUCUUUGAGCCUCCCCCCUGUGCCUUGAAUGGUCAAAUGAAGAUGGGCUAUGUGGAGCUCAAGUUUGAAGACAUGGACUCGAGCAAGAUUGGCCCCAUGCAGGAAGAAUUGGAGAUCCUUUUCCGCCAGGUCUACAAUGAGAUCACAGCAAUGUGCUUGGACCCAUUUCAACGAAUCAUGUUCUCGGCCAACAUGACAGGAUUCUACUCAGAGAACAUCACAACAUUCGCGAGAAUGCCACCCUCGUCAAUGGAACCUGCAACAGACGUUUAG